CGCUUGGUUGUGAGCGAGGGAGGGAGCGUGUGUGCGUGCGUGUGUGCGAGCGAGUGCCAUGGCCGGAGCCCGCUGAGAGCGACAAUAGGAGCGAGCCGGAGCGCGACCCCGACGCCCGCCGGGACCCCGUCGCUCACCUGAGGCAGCCGCCGGCGGAAGAGGCCUGCCCUCCCUUCGCGGGGCCGCCCGCACCGCGCCCGCCGCUCCCCCUCGCCUCGGCUCGGCUCCCCCCGCGUUUCUCCCCCCCCCUUUGCCCCCCCUUCCCCUCCGCCGCCUCCUCGGGGCCCCUCCGCAGGGCUCCGCCGGGAAUGUGAGUGAGGCAGCGGGCGUCGCAGGCAGGGGGCCGCGCCGAGUGCAUGGGACUGAGCGCAGCCCGAGCAGCCGCCCGCUCCUGAAGCCGCCGCCAACGCCGCCCUGCGCCGGGGAGGCCGCCGACGCCGCCGAGGCCUACAGGCUGCUGCGCCGCCGCGGCGGGGACCGAGCCCGGCGCGUACCGCACUCCAGGCAUCGGCCGCGCUCCGCCGAGCCCGGCUCAGGCCGCCGCCGCCGCCUCCCCCCCGUCUCCGGCUUCUCAACCGGGAGGGUCAAGUAGGGAUAUGUCCUCAGCACCAACUACUCCUCCAUCAGUGGAUAAAGUAGACGGAUUUUCUCGGAAGUCCGUCAGAAAAGCCAGACAGAAGAGGUCACAAAGCUCCUCCCAGUUUAGGUCUCAGGGCAAGCCUAUUGAGUUAACUCCUCUGCCUCUGCUGAAAGACGUUCCAUCUUCAGAGCAGCCUGAACUGUUCCUAAAGAAACUUCAACAGUGCUGUGUCAUUUUUGACUUCAUGGACACGCUUUCAGACCUUAAAAUGAAAGAAUACAAGCGCUCCACUCUUAAUGAACUGGUCGACUACAUUACAAUAAGCAGAGGCUGUUUGACAGAGCAGACUUACCCUGAAGUAGUUAGAAUGGUAUCUUGCAAUAUCUUCAGAACUCUCCCACCUAGUGACAGCAAUGAAUUUGAUCCAGAAGAAGAUGAACCCACCUUGGAGGCAUCAUGGCCACAUCUACAGCUUGUAUAUGAGUUUUUCAUACGAUUUUUGGAAAGCCAAGAAUUUCAGCCCAGCAUUGCCAAAAAAUACAUAGAUCAGAAAUUUGUAUUGCAGUUGUUGGAGCUGUUUGAUAGCGAAGACCCUCGAGAACGGGACUACCUAAAAACAGUCUUGCACAGAAUUUAUGGCAAGUUUCUGGGUCUUAGAGCAUUUAUCCGAAAACAGAUUAAUAAUAUUUUUCUACGAUUUGUUUAUGAAACUGAACACUUCAAUGGCGUAGCUGAGCUGUUGGAAAUUUUAGGAAGUAUUAUCAAUGGUUUUGCUUUACCUCUUAAGGCAGAGCAUAAACAGUUUCUGGUGAAGGUGCUGAUUCCUUUACAUACUGUCAGAAGUUUAUCACUCUUCCAUGCACAGCUGGCAUAUUGCAUAGUACAGUUUCUGGAGAAAGACCCCUCACUCACAGAACCAGUCAUCAGAGGCUUAAUGAAAUUCUGGCCGAAAACCUGCAGUCAGAAAGAGGUCAUGUUCCUAGGAGAGCUGGAGGAAAUCUUGGAUGUAAUUGAACCAUCACAAUUUGUCAAAAUCCAGGAACCCUUGUUUAAACAAAUUGCCAAGUGUGUCUCUAGCCCUCAUUUUCAGGUGGCUGAAAGAGCACUGUACUAUUGGAAUAAUGAAUACAUCAUGAGUUUGAUAGAGGAGAAUUCAAAUGUCAUACUUCCCAUCAUGUUUUCCAGCCUUUAUAGGAUUUCUAAAGAGCACUGGAAUCCGGCUAUUGUGGCUUUAGUCUACAAUGUGUUGAAGGCAUUUAUGGAAAUGAACAGCACCAUGUUUGAUGAGCUGACAGCCACUUACAAGUCAGAUCGUCAGCGUGAGAAGAAGAAAGAAAAAGAGCGUGAAGAACUGUGGAAAAAACUGGAGGAUUUGGAAUUAAAGAGAGGUCUUAGACGUGAUGGAAUAAUUCCAACUUAACAAAAAAACAAAACAGCAUUAUUAACCUGUGGAGUCACACAUUUAUGUAGUAGAAGAUGGAGCAACAGUUUUCUGUAUUGUGCAACUUUACAGUAGAUUUCACAUUUGUUUCAUUAUUACAACAGCACUGUAUAUACCUGUCUCUAAGUAAAGGAAAAAAAUAAGGACUUUAAUCCAAAGUUUGGACAGCAGAUGGACUUCUCAGAACUUUGCAAACAUAAUCAUUGUUUUAACCCUUCUUUAAAACCAGUCUUCAAAGAUCUGUUGAUGAAAAUUGCAAUGUCAGAUUUCAUUGUCAGGACCUGUUCCUUAUUUAUCGUAAGCAGAGAGUAUAAUACAACUUUCAAAUGUGAACAAUCUUAAAAUUUAGCUUGUCUUUCUGCUAAACUGUUAAGUGUAUUUAUAGUAAAAGAGAAAAAAGACUGUCAUUUCCUUAUGAGUUUGUGUAACAUCCUCCUUCUCUGGAUAACUUUACUGUAAUUUGACUUUUUUUUUUUUCUUUCCUUUU